UUUGAAGUGACACUGAGGUGGACUUCACCUCUUUCAGCUAAACCAAACAUAAAAAACAUAGUAAAUUUAUACCAUUAGCCCACAAUCAAGAACAGCAUUUGCCCAUGUAGGAAAUAUAUGAAUUCUGACAAUCAAACUUAGAAUUUCAUCAACCAUAAUUCCUGUUAAAAACAGAAACCUUAAAUCACCAGAAUACAAAGCACAAUCAAGAAAUCAGCAGUGUGUGUUAGUUCAAGGUUUCAGAUCAUCAUGUUCAAGUCUGCAAAAUGGAGAAAGGAGAAGAUCAAAGCAGUGUUUGGGAUGCAGUUUCAGGCAACCCAGGUGCCUCAACUGAAAGCCAAAAGCCUGAUGAUUUCGCUCAUCUCUGCGGAUACCAGAAGGACAAGUGUGAAAAUGGGAAGAGCUAAGAUUGUUGAAGGAGCCUGUUCGUGGGAGAGCCCUGUGUGUGAAACAAUCAAACUGGAGAGAGAUCCGAAAACCGGGAGGAUUCAAGAAAAGAUAUACUAUUUUGUUGUGGCAACUAAAUCCUCAAAAUCUGGUUUUCUGGGAGAAGUUGGUGUGGAUUUUGCAAAGCUGGCAGAGAUAACAGAACCAUUAGUACUGUCUCUCCCCCUUAUGCCAUCAGACUCAGGUGUAAUUCUGCAUGUGACAGUGCAGAAGAUGCAAGGAACUCUUGAUCAAAGAAGCAAGGAAGACAAUGAAGUUAUGAUGACAUAUGAUCAGUGCUCACACUGCUCAGAAACAGAAGUAGAUGGCUAUGGAGACACAACCACUACAUCCACUGAAGCUUUAGAAUGCAACAAAACAUCACAGGAUUUCGAGCAAAACUGCAUCCUCACGGGUCAUCCACUCGAUGAUACCAGUGUUCAACACGACCUUAACGGUCAUGAACACAAUCCCAAACUUCAGAAGUCCCUCGAAAGGCAUCAUCGUUGGCUAUCCUCCACCGAUAUCUCACUGGGAUAUACCUCAGAUGGAAGUAUAAUCGAUGCAUCAAGCGUGGCUAAGGAGGACCUUUCGGGUGAUAUUGUUCAAGAACCUGAAAGCCACAAUCUUGAGAGGAUUCAAAAUCAAAUUGGAAUGGUGGGGAGCCAAGCAGAAGUUUCAGAGACAGAGUUAGAAUCCCUGGGGAAACAAAUUAUAAAGGAAAUCAGAAGGGGAAAGGAGCUAUCAGAACAGAUAGUUGACCUGCAAGAGAGAGAUGCAGAUAUGAGAGAAUGUGAGAACAUCAAGUUACAAACCAAAGAUCAAAGAUUCUCGAAUGCAUCAGAAACAGAAAUGGAAAUUUCGCGGGCUAAGUUUGAAGAACUUAGGCACGAGCGCCAGCAAGAGAAACACUUAAGAGACAGAUUGAAGUCGAGGCUGCAAGAGACAGAAGACUCAAAUUCCGAACUGAUCAUUACUAUAAAACACCUUAAUCAAAAGCUGGAACAGAAAAACAAGGAAUCAGAGGAGAUGAAGCAAAAGAUAGAAAAACUGUUACAGGAAAGAGAGGUUCUUUGCAAAGAAAACGAAGAUCUAAAGAUGCAGAAGGAUCAACUCUUAAGUGAUUAUGCAAUCCUGAAAAAGGAAAAUGAGGAAAGCGAGACAGAAAAAGUUGAACUGCAACAAGAAUUCUUGGAAGCAUUGGCCAAAAUAAAGCAGUUUGAAGUCCAAGCAAAGGAGUUAGAGGAUGAGAUACAAAAGCAAUCAGUGCAGUUUCUAGAAUCUAUGCAGACAAUAAACAAACAAAAAACCGAGAUUAUGAGUCUCGAGAAAGAGGCACGAGCGUUUGAAGAUGCUCUCGAAGCCAUCGCUCUAUCCAAAGUCGAGCAGGAGAAAAGAGCUGUACAAGCAGAGGAGGAAAUCAGCAGGAUUGCAGCUGAAAUGGUGUCAAAGAUUUACGAGAAGGAAAAGCUGGCAAAUAAUGCAAGAGCAGAAGCUAACGCUCUGCUCUGGAACAACAAAGUUCUCGAGGAAUCAUUGGAGAAAGCAAACGAACAACUCAAACUAACAAAGGAUCACUAUGAGAGAGAGCUCUAUCACCUUUCCACCCAAAACAAUCUGAAACUCUUGGAGGAAUCAACCAAAACGCAAACUCUAGAAGACGAAAACACACGAAUAAAAGAGACAUUACUAUCAGAAAUCGAGAAGCUGCAGGCUCAACACAACGAAGCAGCUCAUGGUUCUGAUUCAUUAAAGCUGGAGAAUGACAACCUCAAGAAACAGCUGCACAAAUUGACAAAUGGUCAAGCAGUUAACAUAUAUGAUCUCGACGAGGUACUAACCGAAGUAGCAUCACUGAGAGAAAAGAACAAGCACAUGGAAGAUGAACUCAAGGAAAUGGAAGAGAGAUACUCAGAAAUUAGCCUCAGAUUUGCUGAGGUAGAAAGUGAAAGGCAGCAACUUGUCAUGGUGUUACGAAAUCUGAAGAACGGCAAGAAAAAUUAAUUCAGCAUCAAAUGCAUAAUCAAUGAAUCUGCAGAUUAUCCAAUUCAAGAAGAUCUGCACAAACAAAGAUGGUUUCCUGAGACUAAUCUAGAUUCUGGGCAGAAGUUUUUACAUUGGACUUCUCAGUUGCCAUGUUUAGUUAGUGCCUUCAUUCUCAUUAUACACAGCAAGUAUAAGGCAUACCUUCUCAUUCUUGAUAUGCUUGAGCUCUGUAGUGGGCUUUGCCACCAUAUUUAGACACAAAUGUUUACAAAUGUGAGAUACCCACAUUUUUUAAAAAUGUUUUGCAACCACUACAUAACAAUAUUGUUGAUGUUAUCCAA